AUAUGUGAGUGUGUCCGUCCGGCAUUUACACGAGUGAUAAAUGUUCCUGGGGUUUCCUCAACUUAGCUGCUCCGUACAUGUUUUCUACUUGAGUCUCUCAAUGAAACGCCACAUUAAUGAUUUCAGUUCUAAUUUUGGAUUCUGGGGUAACACCUACUCAAGCCCCAUUUGGACCUCACGCACUCCUCCCGGAUACCGAGUUCCGCGUUGUUUGGAAGUUUCUACGUUGCACACAAUGCCGCUACCGUCUCCUUUACCACCGGUGUAUCCUUCGUGAAUGUCGUGAGUCACGGAAGAAUUUACCAGGCAAACGUACUCCCAGGGCGCAGCCACUGCACAGUUUGACCCGCGCAAUCAAAGCUGUCCUUCACGGUUUGUCCUUGAAUAGACGCCUCUCGAAAAAGAUUGUCUGUGCAUCUUCUGUCCACUCUGUGGCAGUGCAGCAGGAGUUCACGGCUCUAGUGAAAACCGCCUUCGGUGUACAGUCCGUUCGCGCCGUGUGCCUUUCCCAUGCCCGUGAACUGUUCGCGUUAUUAUACUUGAACGAUGAUGAUGAUUCCGCAAACGACAAUUCUGCAUCUUUUCGCAAUGUGUUCAUUCCUAGAGGCCGUUCUUGUUUUUACCAGACGACGUCUUGUGAAGAUGAUGACGAAGGAACAGAUGAGGGAGAAUCCGGAACACAAACCGAACCUUGCAGACGGCUCACCUUGGAGACGCAGCACGUGGUUAGCAAUACGUUCAGUGCUAGUGUUUGCAGCAUAGAGUUACGAUCUUGGAAUGGCACCGUUGCUUUCAACUGUGAACCCAGGAGCGCUCUACCAGAUCUAGUUGAAAUAAACUCUAAAUGGAAUUCCUACUACUCUACCGGAGAGCGUACCACACAUUUACCAACCACAAUCGAUCGAACUUCUCGGAAGACUCGCCAUGUACAUUUUCCUCCAGGCCAUCCCGUUUCAGCCACUCACAAGCUUAUCACUUACGCUUUGGCUUCUCAACUAGAGCGAAGCGAUCGUAUCUGGGAGAACGAAGCUCGACACAGAAUAUUUGACAGUUACCGUCGAUUGGUCUGCAAGGGAUAUGAUCCUUCUACGGCCUCCGAGAUUGCAAACGCUUGCACCGACGAUGACAGUGGAUCAGAUGAAUAUGUCUCGCGCGCAUCGUCCGACAUCUUCAUCUGACCCACUAACAUCUUCUGUGCAAGCGCUCGCAGUUUCAAAGGCCGUGGAAAGGUCUUAUCCCUCGCAGACUAGUCGAUAGUAGUGGUCAGAUAUUCUGUAUCGAGGUUCGUUCUCCUAGACACGAUUGCUUCGUUCUAGCUCUGGGAGCCAGUUGACUGACUUCAACACGAUUGUAAAUUGAUGUUCAUGUGUAUAUCUGUGAUAUCUAUGUGUACUCAGAUUUAUUUUACAUUUCGUUUUUCCGGUUUCACUUCAUUUCUAUUUCGUGGGUAUCGUUAUAACCUGGUCCGCACAAUUUUAUGCUCUCAUUCCUGGAAGCGAUACGUUCC